UUCCUUGUCACAAAAUGCUUUGUCUUGACGUAGACGUAAACAUUUAGACGUGCAUUGUAUUUUUGAAUAUUUACUUAAAUGUUUGUUUAAAAGUGAGGAUUUCAGAAAAAUAUCUUACGUCUUAUGAUAUUAUUAGAUUUGGUAGAUUUUCGUCUUUAUUAGAAUCCUGUAAACAGUAGGGGUUUUGAGUUAACAGUAAUUUCGGACCUGGGGUAAUUUCGGACAAAAAUAUUGAGUUACUAGAACUGAUUGUGGCGCAGUUUCAACCUAAUAAUCGUUUCUUAAUUUUUAUGUUAUGAAAGCCUUCUCUAAUCAACUUUUUCGACACUUCAGGAACAAGACAGUGUCCAAGGGAAGCCAACCACUGCGCAUCUACAGCGUCUGGUGCUUACUUGUCAGAAUUCGUGACGCAUUUUCCAUUCGCUCUCAGACAGCUGUUUUACGUGUGAUCAUGGGCAAUAUUCUGCAGGAGAUCUGAGCUAGUUCCAAGAUGGAUUUGACCACAAUAGUCGGAAUGCUUUGCUCCAUGUCCUCAUUCAGCUUCCAGCUGGUCGGGAUAAACGUAUGCCGUGGGAUUGUGAAGAAAGGAUCGACAGGGGACAUGUCACCAUUCACUUUUAUAUCCUAUUUUGUUGCGUGCGCAGUUUGGCUCAAGUACGGUCUAAUCGUGCAGAACACUGUUGUGAUAGCAACGAACUCGUUUGGUAGCAUCAUGAACUUCAUAUACAUCAUUGUCUUCUACACGUACAGCUCUAAAAAGCCUCAGUUCAAUCAAUUUCUGUUCCUCGGUGCUGUGAUGAUUGUCAGCCCUUUAGUGUACAUUAAACACUUCCAGACGGACGGACAGCUGGCCCUGAGUCACCUUGGGUCAUACUGUGUCUGCUUGACCAUCAUUGGAUAUGGGGCACCCUUGGUCUCUCUGUCGGACAUUGUACGUUCCAAAAGCACUGAGAGUCUUCAUUUUGUGUUGAUUCUUGCCAACUUUCUACUUGGCCUGCUCUGGACCUUGUAUGGAUUACUCAUUGCAGACAGAUAUGUUCAGGUCCCCAACUUCUUGGGAGCAAUGUUAGCCUUGAUACAGCUGUCACUGUUUGCCAUAUACCCACGGUCAUCUCAUAGCCGUAGUAAAGUGAUCCACAGCUGAUAUUUCCCUUGGCCCAUUAUCAAGAACAUUCUCAAUUUGUUAUGAUUAGCUUAGAAGAUGACUCAGCUGAGUAUCAGGAAUGUCUUUCAGCUCAAGAACAAAUCUCAGCUAUAAGAAUAUGCUCAUAUUCCUCCUCAAACUUCGGGUUGAGUUGGACUCAAAACUCAAAAGACUCUAAUGAACACCAAAGUGAGCAUGAUGGUCAAAGGCAUCUCAAAAAUUGAGAUAAAAACUCAAAGUUGAGUCAGAAGACAUGUAUUGACUUAAGUAUGUUAGUGAUUUUAGUGUGGAUAAUGGAGAUUAUAUAGUCAUUAUAAACUAUUUGUAUUCAUGUUUUACCUGUUAACAGAAAGAAUGGUCUUACUGGGUUAACAUGUGAGGAUAUGGAAGAAGAUAAUACUCUAUAGUUAUUAUAUAGAGAAUAUAAUGUGAGUGUCGGAUAGAGAUCAAGUUUAUCAUACGUGUAGUGCGUGGCUUGCCGAGUGCUACAUAGUUUCGAGCCGAGCGUGAUUAACUUGAUCUCUAUCCGACACUCACAUAAUAUUCUAUUUAUCUUAUUAUUUUGUGGUCGUUUAUCGUUCAAAAAAAGUAAAAAUACUUUAAAAUUCAAAGAUACAGCGCUGGUUUUUCAAGUUGACUCCGAAGUGUUUGUUUAUUUCAACGUCAUCAUUUGCAAUGACGUCACAUUGAAACAUAUAGUGUUCUUUAGAUAGAGAUCGGAAAACCAUGGUCUAAAAAUAGCGAUAGUAUAAAGCUAAAGUUUAUACGAUCGUUGUUAUACUAUCGAUUUUCAUCUGGUAAUAGGAUAAAAACUAUUCCUUACACACUAUUUACCUGUUAACAGAAGGAAAUAGUCUAGGUGGGCUUUCAAGUCUGGAAAAUGAAGAAGAUUAUACUCUAUGGUUGUGAUAAAUUAUUUCUUACCCACUAUUCACCUGUUAACAGAAUGAAAUGGCCCAAUAGUGAUGCAGUGGUUAAACCCAGGUGGCGGAUUGAUCAACUUGCUUAUUCGACCAAAAUUGUUUAAACACCUGGUUACUUUUGUUCUUUUUUGAAGCACAAGUCCAAAUCAACUAAAAAUCCCCUCAUUUUUUUGAAAAUCAUGCUCCUACUUUUAAACCUAAUGAAACACCCUACAACCACCAAACGGCUUGAAAAUUUCAUCUGAUAUAAGAAGGAGCUAUAUAGUCAAAACCUUCAGUGUAUGAAGCAUCUAUAAAUGUAGCUUUUGCAGCUACCUUAAUGCUAACAACAUAAUUGUAUAUGUUGUGUGUGUGUUUUUGUAUGCAAUGUUUUGUGCAAUAUUUACAUUUUUUCGGGUAUUGCAUUUGUUCAUGAUUGUUUUGCUGAUAUUGCAAGCAGGUUAUAAUUGUAAAGUAUUGAGUGAUGCAGGGCUUCUUUUCUUUUAACACUAGACUUCACGAGUUGUUCUUUAAUGGGAAGAAUGACACAGGGUUAUUUAAGAUUAGAAUGUUUUAUUUCAAAUUACAGUAUAAAACAUGAAGCAGAUUUUAAGAUAUUAAAAUCGACUGAAUCAAGUGCUGACAGUGUUUCACUUUUUUUUAAAGAAAGUUAACCCAUCUUGGUAAUCGCAGUACUUUAGAUGGACAGAUUCAUUUAAAUCGCAACUCUUUAGUAAAUUUAAAACUUCAUUCUACGGUCAUUACAAAUGAAUACAUACAUUGAUUUUUUCGUGAUUGAGUCCUUUAAGCAAAUUAAUGUUUUUCCCAAAAUGUAGAGUUUUACAAUGCAGAACUUACAUUUACAAUGUAGCUUUUUCCUUUUAUGGAUGGAAAUUGUAGCCUUUUUUCAUGGAAGAAAGCCCUGUGAUGAAGAAGCCAAGUCAUUUUGAAUUCAUUGAAUUUCAUUGCCAAAUUUACUUUUUGUUCAAUUGUUGAGGCUCAAUCUUAAAGUUUUCACGAUUUCAACACUAUGUUGUGAUUCAUAUACAUGUAUAUAUAUAUGGUGUUCUGUGAAAGGGGAUUUAUUGCAUGUGCGUAAAAUGUGGUUCAAGAUCAGCCUCAUCAAUCAGAGACGACACUUUCAGCCUUUUCAAAAAUAAUUAUUUAAGAAUUUCAUUUGAGAAAUAAAUUGUACAGCUUUAACGCUUAACACCACCUUACAAAGACCAAACAUAAUAUCAAGGUAAUAUCAUAUCAUAUUAUCAUAUGUCAUGGUAAUCAAACUAAUUGCAUAAACAUUUAACAUAAUUGAGAUAAUACAAAGUUCUUGGUCAACAAUUGAAAAGCAAUUUGACAUGAUCCAUUAAAACUAGUUAUCUUAAUGCAAGGGCACAUUUCAGGCUGAUGAAUAUGUUUACCAAAACUUUUCGUCUAUAAUGAAAUAUGUGCGUGUGCAAUAAAUGACUAAGACUUAUUUUGGCAAAAUGUUUACUGAAUUUUAUUGCUUCCCUUUAUUGAAAAGAUGGAUCAAUAUCAGUUAGAAUAAAGAAAAGUCUACAUAUUGUUUUACAUACACAUUGAAAUAAAUAAACAUUACUGAAAAACAUAGACUUAAUAAAACUCAGAAAAAAUGGAAAAUGGUUAUGGUUUAUGUGAAAACAGGGUUUAUGCUGUUCUUGUUCGGUUUUGUUCCUUUUUAUACCCAACUUUUUAAUUACAGUUUUACUAGUUUUAAAAAACUGCUUCAGCUAAACAACUUUUGUUUUAUUAAAAUGCAUCAUGUUUUACAUUUAAAUUCUCUAAGAAGUGUUACUUUCUUAGAACAUGUUGCUUUUAUUGAAGAAUUGAGAUUAUGUUCAUCUACGAAAUAGGGAUUAAGCGCAAAAAUGUUGUAUUUGCAUAACAUUUUCAUUGAAGAUUCAACAAUUGCCCGCUCAAUGCUUCAAUGAUAACUACAUUGUUGUGGAAAAAUGACACUUAGUUUACAAAGGUUAGGUAAUUUUAUUGUAAACUUGAUUAUUUGAUAUUAUGCUUGUUAAACUUUGGACCACUUUAGUAAUUAUGAAACCAAAUAAAACAAUAAAAGAACA